AUGAUUAUUACUAAAAGUAUUUUUUUACUUGCCAUUGCUGUUAGUUCAGUGAUGUCAGCAGUUACAAUUAACUGCGACUUCCAUUUCCAAGUAAAUUCUUGGAAUAUUUUAAGUGAUUCUUAUAGUUGCCGUGGAACAGUUAUAAGAAAUGACACAAAUCAUGCUGUAAUAGGAGUUAGUGGAAAUCACAGAGCCGGAUUAAAUAAUACGCAUGUCGAAACUUUACUUCUUACUCGCCAAUCUUUAACAAAUUGGCUAUCAGAUGUUGAAAACUUCUUUCCAAAUUUACUGGCAAUAGAUUUUUCUUAUUCGUCAAUAACUACAUUAACUGCAGAUAAUCUUAAACCUUUUCCUAACUUGAAGGUUUUAGUCAUAAUGUACAAUAAGAUUGAAGUUCUUGAUUCAAAUACAUUUCAAUACACGAUUGAACUUCAACAUCUUGGACUUGCAAUAAAUGAAAUUCGUGAAGUAGGCUCAGGAAUAUUAGAUGAGUUAGCAGAUUUGAAACUUGUAUCAUUUUAUGGAAAUCAAUGCAUUAAUGAAGCUGCUAUGAACAAAGAUCAGAUUCCAGCUCUUAUUAGAUCAUUAGAAGAAAAUUGUCCUCGCUCUGUAAUCGACACUACAACUACUCCCAUGGAAUCUACAACAAUUGAGGUGGAAACUACUACUGUGGAAGUUGCAACAACUACUCCAAUGGAAUCUACAACAAUUGAGGCAGAAACUACACCUGAAGAAAAUGAAACAACAACUCCAUUGGAAUCUACAACAAUUGAACCAGAAACUACACCUGAAGAAGAUGCAACAACAACUCCAAUGGAAACUUCAACUGUGGAGAAUGAAACAACAACUGGAUCAUGUAAAACCUGCACCACAACUCCAUCUGUAAAUGCAACUACACCACGCUCUGAAACAAUGACACCAGAAAAAUCUGGAGCAUAA